AUGAAGAACCCGAGAUUAGAUAAUGAACAGGGUGGGGAGGCAGUGAGAUUGACGCAACGGGGCAAGGUUCAUUCGAACCGGAGCACGGACCGGCCGGCAGAUCAUCCAAUUCGCCCCUCCCCCCUUUGGGAACCUGGGAACCGCCAAUGUCAUCCUCAAUUCUCUCUCCGCCGGAGUGAAGACAGAGGGGCCGUUGCGGUAACCCCUCCCAUGCAUCCCGCGACGUUUGGAAAAGGCCGACGAUAUGGAAUCUUGGGAUAUCUCCCGGAGCUGGGCUCGAAGGAGGCUCAAUUAUGGGAUCUGAACGCGGCCUCGUCAACGUUCCUUCGUCUACCCCCCGAAAUCCGUAACAAAAUAUACCGAAUGCUCCUCUCCUCGCGCCGAAUCCACGUCCUUCACGAUCCCAAGACGGGCACGUUCCACUGCGUCGCCCUCCGGACGGCCGCGAACCCCUGGGCAUACAAGAAACACCACGUCCUCUCGCGCGGCGUCACCCUGCUCAGUCCCAUCUGUCGGCAGCUGUACCACGAGACGGCGCUGAUUCCCUACAAGGAGAACACCUGGUCGUUCCAGACGCCGGGUUUGAUGGAGCGGUAUCUGCUCACGGAGCGGAGGCUGCCGCUGUUGCAGAGGCGGGCCGUGAGGGAGGUUUGCGUGCGGGGGAUUGCCGGGUAUGGGAAUCUGAGCAGGCGGUUGAGGGGGUUUCUGGGCGGCUUGGAGGUCGUUUGGUUUUGGGAUGGGGGGUGGGUUUGCGAGGUUGUUGAGAGGGAGAGGAGGGUUGAGGGGGAGGGGAAGCCGAAUUGA